AGAAAUAAAGUUUGGUACUGGGGAUAUUUGUUGGAACGGUGGUUUGUGACCGGUAAUCUGUUGCAAGAAAGAAGUGGAACUACAAAAUUUCAUCAUAUUACGUGAUAAUUAAACAAUAUCAGAAAUAUGGCACAUCAGCUAUUAUUUUCAACAAGUAGAUUAGAAAGAUUCGUUUUAAAUUCUAUUUACAAAAAUGGCAACAUAUUUCAGUUAAGAAGGUACUUAUCACUGAUUAGAACUGGCAAUGAACCAACUACUAUUGAAAGGUUACAAAAACAGUGGAGAUUAUGGUUGAAACCACCAAAAGGAUUUGAAAAGUUUUAUAAAUCAAAAGAAAGUAAUUCCAAUAAAACAACCGAAAAGGUUGCUGAGAAAGUUAAAGAAGGAUCGUCUAAAUCAGCUUCUAAGUCAGAAUCAUCAUCUGCACGCCAGUCUCAGAAAUCAUCUGACAAUUCUUUAGGAAAUGAUUUCAAACGUAAUUUUCAAUGGGAAUAUAAAUGGGAUGGAGGAAAUAAUCCAUUUAAAAAUAAGAAUAAUGAAAAAAUGAUAAUUUUUGGCUUUGUAACAAUGGGAGUGUUUUAUUUAUAUUUGCAACAUGUAUCAAGUCUUGCAACAGAGAUCACAUGGAGAGAAUUUAUAACUAAGUGUUUAAGCAAAGGAAUUGUGAGUAAAGUAGAAGUUGUUAAUAAACAAUGGGUUCGUGUAAAAUUAUUGCCUGGACAUACUGUGAAUGCAAAAGAUACUUUGUGGUUUAAUAUUGGAAGUGUUGAGACGUUUGAGAGAAAUUUGGAAAGUGCACAAAUUGAGCUAAACAUAGAAUCACAUAAUUACUUACCAGUACAUUAUAAGAAUGAAGUUGAAUUACGUCACAUUUUAAAAUUUUUACCACAGUUAGUAAUAUGGGGGGUUCUGUUUUUCUUAUUCCGAAAGUCAAUGGCACAGUUUGGUAGAGGAAAGAAAGGACUAUUUGGUUCAGUAAUGGAAUCAACUGCAAAAUUAAUAAAUUCUAAAGAUAUUGGUGUUCGAUUUAAGGAUGUUGCUGGCUGUGAAGAAGCAAAAAUUGAAAUCAUGGAAUUCGUAAACUUUUUAAAAAAUCCACAACAGUAUGUUGAACUUGGUGCUAAAAUUCCUAAAGGCGCCAUGUUGACGGGUCCACCUGGUACAGGCAAAACACUGUUAGCUAAGGCUACAGCUGGUGAAGCGAACGUUCCUUUUAUCAGUGUGUCAGGUUCCGAAUUCCUGGAAAUGUUUGUUGGCGUCGGUCCAUCGAGAGUUCGUGAUAUGUUCGCAAUGGCACGAAAGCAUGCCCCGUGUAUAUUGUUCAUUGAUGAAAUUGAUGCUGUUGGAAGAAAAAGAGGUGGACGAAAUUUCGGUGGUCACUCGGAGCAAGAAAACACACUUAAUCAACUUUUAGUAGAAAUGGAUGGAUUUAAUACGACUACCAACGUAGUGGUUUUAGCGGCAACUAAUAGGAUAGAUAUUUUAGAUAAAGCAUUAUUACGACCUGGAAGAUUUGAUAGACAAAUUUACGUUUCCGCGCCAGACAUUAAGGGAAGAGCAUCUAUUUUUAAAGUACAUUUAGGACCUUUGAAAACUACAGUAGACAAAGAUCAGUUAGCUAGAAAAAUGGCUUCCUUAACCCCUGGAUUCACCGGUGCUGAUAUUGCUAAUGUAUGCAACGAAGCGGCUUUAAUAGCGGCCCGAGACUUGAACGAUAACAUUCAAAUAAAACAUUUUGAACAGGCCAUUGAAAGAGUGAUUGCAGGCAUGGAGAAGAAAACGAAUGUUUUGCAACCUGAGGAGAAAAAAACAGUUGCAUAUCACGAGGCUGGGCAUGCGGUAGCAGGUUGGUUUCUACAAUACGCGGAUCCACUGUUGAAGGUUUCCAUAAUUCCUCGCGGUAAAGGUUUAGGUUAUGCCCAGUAUUUACCACACGAACAGUAUCUUUAUACAAAAGAACAGUUGUUCGAUAGAAUGUGUAUGGCACUUGGAGGACGGGUAUCAGAAGAGAUAUUUUUUGGUCGCAUAACAACAGGAGCACAAGAUGAUUUACAGAAAGUAACUCAAAGUGCAUACGCUCAGGUCAUUCAGUUCGGUAUGAACGAAAAAGUUGGUAAUGUUAGUUUUCAAAUGCCACAACAGGGUGAUAUGACAUUUGAUAAACCAUAUUCCGAACAUACGGCACAGCUAAUCGACGUUGAAGUACGUGAGUUAAUCGAAAGGGCGCAUGUUCAUACGCGUGAACUACUUACAAAACACAAGGACAACGUAAGCAAGGUUGCUGAACGGUUAUUGAAACAAGAAAUUUUAAGUAGAGAUGACAUGAUAGAAUUGCUUGGACCUAGACCGUUCCCUGAAAAGUCAACGUACGAACAGUUUGUCGAAGGGACAGGUUCGUUCGAGGAAGAUACCAGCUUACCAAAAGGUUUACAGGAAUGGAAUAAAACAAAGAAAUCUGAUAAGGAAGAGAAAGAAGUUCCUCCAUCGUCGGACGCAGUUUCAGAUAGCAGUUCUCAAAAUCAACCGCACCAGCGAUUAUAAUUAUAAUACUAUCAUGGAUUAUAGCUUGUUAAGUAUUUUGUAUUAUAGUUUGAAAUAUAUAAUUGUAAUAAGUAGUAAUAUAUGAGUGUGCAUUCGAUUGCAUCGAUUGUAUAGAUCAUAUUUACAAUGUGUAUAAGCUGUUCAAGCUUAAAAGUUAUUCAAAAAAUUAGCAACUAUUUUGGAAAAAACCUCUAUCUUUUUACACCGAUUUAGUAUUGCUUGUACUCAUCGCCACCGUAACUAUUGAUUAUUAAUCAACGGAGUUUUUUUAUAAUGAAAACCAAGUUGUAUAAAAGUACGUAAUAUAAACUAUUAAAAUUUUUGCA